AUUUUGGAAGAAGUUUUUAGUCUAUUAACGCGCUGGGGAGAGAGAGAGGGUUUCUUCACAAGGACAAGGCGAAUAAAUUCCAUGUCGUGUAUGGUCAUAUCCCAUGGAUUUAUUGGCGAGCCUUCUUAAUUGUCCCCACCUCUUCUUUUGCUUUGUUUAUGUCCCAAAGUUUGGCUUACAGAAAAUUAGAGAUGGCAACCCGACUCACGCGGUCGAGGAGGUCAGUAAUCGAGCAGCAGGAGCAACAAUCAAGGGCUAAGUGGACAGCAGGCAUCACAAAGAUAUUUGCGGAUCUGAUGGUUGACCAAGUUCAAAAGGGAAAUAGACUUAACAGUUAUUUCAGCAAGACUGCUUGGACGUUUAUGUGUGAUGAAUUCCAAAGAAAAACUGGCCUAAAAUGGGAGAAGGAGCGGUUAAAGAACAAAUAUGCUGUCUUAAGGAGACAGUUUGUUAUCGUGAAGUCCCUUCUUGAUCAAACUGACUUCUCUUGGGAUGAAUCUACCGGGAAUAUAAUUGCUACUGACGAAGUAUGGGCUGAAAACAUCAGGGAAGAUCCUGAUGUUGAGGCUAUAAAACGAGGCGGCUGCCCAGUUUACGAACAGCUAUGCCUCAUAUUCUCAGAGCCAGCAACCAAUGGGAAGCAUAACCAGUCGACUGAAGCUGAGGGUGGGAAUCCUUCCUCAUUUUCUUGCAUGGAGCCUGUAAAUCGAUUCCAAGAAGAAUCCUCUUCGGAAUCUGAGGAAAUGGAGGACAUUGUGGAGAAUCAAGACACAAUUGAUCCUAUUGCACCUACAACUUCCAACCGCAAGAGAGGUAGGAAGGGGAUUGAUGAAGUCAUUGCAGGAGCAAUUCUGGAGAUGGCCUCUGCAUCAAAGCAAUGGACAACUGCUGUAAAGCAAAUAAACGCCAGGUACAGUAUAGCUGAUUGUAUCAAGGAAUUGGACAAGAUGCAAGAUGUGGACGAAGUAGUCUAUCUAGCUGCAGUUGAUUUGUUUGACAGCCGUGAUGCAAGGGAGAUUUUCUCGUCUCUGAAAGGUGACAAGCGCUUGAUUUGGUUGCGCUGCAAGUGUGGCGCUCCAACCAGCUCCCUAGAUAGUUGAUUGGAAUUGUCUAUCUUUGACUUGUAUAUGUUCUUGCCAGCUUAGUGUAAGUAGCUUGUUGACUUUCAAGUAUUGUUCAUGUAUUUCUUC